UGUCCACCACUACUGCAGGUUACUCAUUCUGAGGUAAGAACAAAGUGCCCAGCAUGUGACCAUCACUGGAAACUUUGUUCCAACUUCAGAAGCAGGAACAAGAGGGCAGGAGAUGCGCUGGGCAGCCCAGUGGGCCACUCAUGCAAACAGCCACCACAGCAUGGAAAUGGUGGCAGGGGCAGGUCAUGGCAGCUGCCCUUGGAGUUUCCUAGCCAGUAUAGACAAGACCUAACCCACAUGGCCAAAAUGACCAGAGGAAUUAAUAAUGUGGUCAGCAGAGUGAUGGAUGGAUGUGGUGGACAAAGAGCUGUUAAUGUGACCAGUUGGGUGGCUCCAAAACUGAUUUCUGUCUUUGUUGUCUAUUUUUGUUGCUUUGUUUGCUGUUGUUUCUUGAGGCCAUCCCAGUCACUUGCUCACAUCCUGAUGGAAGACCCCUCUCCAACCGCGCAGCUCAUUCAGUUGGCAGAGCAGCAUCACCGAGAAAUCUCUCAACUGGCAGAUGCUCAUCUCACUGGAAGCCAGUCUGCUAGCAUGUUUCCACACAUUGUAAAGAGGGGGGAGAGCGACUCACGGCCCAACACGGAGAGCUACGACGAAAGCCAACCGGGUCUGAGCCGCAGCAAUUCAGAAAGCCACUUGCUUCAGAUGGGAAAGCAGAAGAAAAGGAAGGGAAAAGAAAAUAGGAAGGGCUAUAUACAGUAUCGCUCCCAAGCGUCCUCUCAGACCUGCUUCCAAAAAACGGCCUUGGUGUACGGAAGAUCUUCGGGCCAGGAAGCGGGUUUUGCGACAACUAGAGCGCAAAUGGCGGAGACAUCAGGCCUUAGCCGACAAGACACUCCUGGACUCUCUUUUGAAGGACUACGGGGUGGCGAUAAUCGCAGCGAAGAACUUGUUCAUUUCUGCGCGUAUCGCGUCCGCGGAGUCGCGUCCAGCCGAGCUGUUCAGGGUAGUGAGGGAGCUUACUCAACUCCCUCCUCCCCUGAACCCUAUUUUGGAACCAUCGAAAGCCUGCUGCGACGAGAUUAACAACUUCUUCACAAAUACAUCUCUCGGAUAAGGGUUGAUCUCGACUCCAUUAUUAGUUCAGAAUCUAGAGAAGAGGUGUCCAGAGCCUCCAUGGACUUGGUUAAACUGGAUCACUUUGAGUUUGUCUGUACUGUGGAUGUGGACAAGAUUCUUCGAAGUGUUAGGAAAACGACUUGCUCUCUCGAUCCCUGUCCUUCAUGGCUAACAGCUCAAGGGGGAACGGUUGUGACUAAUAUGUUGCACCGUAUUAUUAAUACAUCCUUCAAGGAUGGGCAGUUUCCAUCAACUUUGAAGACGGCCAUUGUUAAACCUUUGUUGAAAAAGCCCUCCCUUGACCCCCUAA